AUGCCUAGUGUGACUACAACAAGUACUGUCAGUUCAUCAGGAGUUCGUUUAAUGCGUAAAACUUCAUGUACUGGUACCAACGAUCAAGCUAAUAAUUCUUCGUUUCAACACAAUCCUGACAGAAAAUCACUAAGAGAUCAACCAAAUGUAGGGAAAUAUAAGUUAAUUCGUACACUUGGUCGUGGUAAUUUUGCGAAAGUCAAAUUAGCACAACAUGUUUCAACUGGACGUGAAGUUGCUGUGAAAGUGAUCGAUAAAACUCAGCUUAAUCAGGCCAGUUUGAAAAAACUAUUCCGAGAAGUGAAUAUUAUGAAAAUGUUAAAUCAUCCAAACAUCGUUCGCUUAUAUGAAGUGAUCGAAUCUGAGCGUCAUGUAUAUCUAGUGAUGGAAUAUGCAGAAAAUGGUGAAGUAUUUGAUCACUUAGUAGCCCAUGGUCGAAUGAAAGAACGUGAAGCACGUGCUGCAUUUCGUCAAAUUGUUUCAGCAGUUGAAUAUUGUCACCAAAAGAAAAUUGUACAUAGAGAUUUAAAGGCUGAGAAUCUUCUCUUCGAUGGAUAUUUUAAUAUUAAACUUGCUGAUUUUGGUUUCUCCAAUCUUUUUGAUGGAUCUAAAAAAUUAGAUACUUUUUGUGGUAGUCCACCAUAUGCUGCACCGGAAUUAUUUCAAGGACGUAAAUAUGAUGGUCCAGAAGUGGAUGUAUGGUCAUUAGGUGUAAUUUUAUAUACACUUGUCAGUGGAUCAUUACCAUUUGAUGCACAACAUUUAAAAGAUUUACAAGAACGUGUAUUACGUGGCAAAUAUCGUGUUCCAUUCUAUAUGUCAACUGAUUGUGAAGCAUUACUUCGUAAACUAUUGGUAUUGAAUCCAGCCAAAAGAGUCACAUUAAGGAAUGUCAUGUCUGAUAAAUGGUUAAAUAUUGGUUAUGAAGAUAAUAUUUUAAAACCAUAUACUGAACCACCUCCGGAUUAUAAUGAUACAGAGAGAUUAGAAAUUAUGCGUAUUAUGGGUUAUCGACCGGAUGAUGUUCGUGAAGCUUUAAUCAAACAAAGUUUUAAUAAUGUCACUGCAAUUUAUCUAUUAUUAGCUGAUCCAAAAACAAGAUUAACUUUACCAGCUGGUAGUCUUUUUCCAUCUAAUCAGUCACAAUCAUUACAUGGGAAUACAGGACUUAAUCAUCAUCAACAUCAUCGCCAAUCAUCUUGUUCCGAAGGUAUUACAAUUGCUGCCUCGUCUACUCCUGCUACUGUUACAGAAGAUGAAACUACUACAUCAUCGAAAGGUCAAUCUUCUUUAGACAAUCCCAAUGGGAAUAAUCAUAAUAAUAAACAGAAAACUAAUCAAAAUGGAUUAACAUACCAGAAUAAAAAAGAAUCUGGACAAGACGAUAUUGGAUCUCAAUAUAAUGGAGUACGACGGAUCAGUGGUAUCUCUUGGAUGAAACAAAGUGCAAGUGCUGGUCCAACAGCGAAUAGGCAAGAGAAAUUGAGUGUAGAUGAAAAAUCUCAUCUGCUUCCACGUAUUCGUGUAUCUGACCUACGCGAACGUGCUAAUGACUCUAAUCUGGAUGAUUCUUCUGGUCAAGAGAAAAUCGAUGAAAGUAAAGAUAUAAUGAUAGAAUCCUCUAGUGGUGGUGAUCAGUUAUCUGUACGACGUAUGAAUACUUUUAGUAUGUCAGAUAAGGUUCGCCCGAAUGGUUCAGAUUCCCAGUCACCUGGUUUGAAAUGUCCAUUGUCUAGAGCACCACCAAUGUCAAAUAUACCUAACUCACUAACUACUCCAACAACUAGUAGUAGUGAAAAUUCACCGAUUAAACAGUCAGCUGACAAGUCUUCUUCGUCAGCAUCAUCUUCAUCAUCGUCACCUAGUAAGCAAAAUGGUAAUGAACAACAAACAAUUAAAUUAAAUCCAGCUGUUCCAUAUUCAGAAGAGAAUCCCUUCAUCGGAUGGUUACGAAGAACACUUCCGUAUCGAAAAAAGCAUAAAGAUACUUCAAUUCAUUCCAAGCCUAA